AACCGUCGGACUAUCCGCGCCGUGUCCAAGAUCACCGCCUUCUGCAUCUGGCCCUUGAUCCAGCCACCUAGCGAGAGUCUCUUAAGAUGUUGGUCAAGACUGUUCGCUAAAACGACUAUGGGACUAAUGGUCGUCGAAUCAACAUAUACAUGGCGGUUAUCUCGAGAGCCAAGUCUAGUUAAGUACCUUUAUUAUUAUGAGGUACCUACAGACCGUGAACAACCAGAGGCCAAAGAGUACUAUACGACAAGGCAGACAAUAGGAUUUUUGUCACCACAAAGGAAAGUAAUAGAACCUUAACCUCAUUUCCCAACCUGUGUCAAAAACGAUCAAACAACCCCUAGCAACAGUCACCCCUAUAGACUACCCUUCAAACACCUGUAAAUAAACACUACGUAAAGAUUUCCUCUAGAACACAUUAAAGAUGCAGAACCAACCACCGGCGGCCGAGCCGAAGAAGCGGCGGGUGCCGCUGUACCCGGGGUUUCCGGAGCUGGCGCGCUCCGACGUCAGCAUCCACCCGAGUUACACCAAACUGGCGCUGGCUUACCGCGUAGUGUGCCGCCACCGCUACCACUGGUCGAAGGUGGCGCAGCGGCGGCAGUUCAUGAAGGAGCUGCACAGCUUCGAGCGGCUGCAGCCGCUGGCGCUGGGCGGCGUGCGCGUGCACCGCGAGUUCUCGCAGGGCAUCCUGUCGCACGUCAUCCCGCCGCGCCGCUACAUACAGAAGCUCACCCCGGACCCGCUCAACAGCAAGCAGAGGAUGCGGGUCGAGGAGAUUAUCAGUGGACGGGUUGAUUUCACCCAGAAAUAAAGUGAUAUCACACGGGUAUACUCUUGGGUCGACACGUUCGUUUUUCGUCAUGUUCCUAAAUUUGUCCGAUUCUGCUUUCGUCUGUCAUUCUUUAUUCGUCACGAUCGUCGAUGGUCUUUCUCAACUAUGGUCAAUUUCGUUGCUCAUCUUUAUCUUAAUACGUCUCGUUCUUCACUCGUCAUAAUCUUCUUUCGGCAUGUUCGCUGUUAAAUCUAUGUUUUUCGUGUUUUUUGGCAGUCUUAGGUCGGUACCAACUUAGAAUAUGACCAAAUACGAAAUGACGAAAAACGAUUGAGUCGCAAUAAGAGAAAGGCCAAUAACUCAUUGUGGUCAAAGACAAUAAUGACUGCAGACUAAGUUGACGAAUGAAGAAUGGCUGAUGAAAGCAGAAUCGGACAAAU